AUGAAAAAGUACAGAGAAUUAAAAAAGACUGGGGACGGAACAUUUGGAGUUGUGAUCAAGGCUGAAGACAUGCAGAGUCACGAUUUGGUAGCCAUCAAAAAGAUGAAACACAAAUAUCACAAUUUUGAAGAAUGCACUAACUUAAGAGAAGUUAAGGCUUUGAUGAAACUUUAAAAUCAUCCAAACAUUGUCAAGCUUAAAGAACUGUUUUUGGACAAUGACACUCUCUGUUUAGUCUUUGAGUUUGUAGACAAAAGCAUCUAUCAAAUGUACAUCCAGCAAAAAGAGAUGGGUAAAACCAUUCCAGAAGACCAAAUCAAAUCCCUCAUUUACCAAGUAGCCAAUGGACUCAGUUACAUGCAUAAACAUGGCUACUUUCAUCGAGAUCUCAAGCCAGAAAAUCUCUUGGUCUCCAACGAUGGCAUUGUUAAGGUUAUAGAUCUUGGAUGCGCAAGAGAAAUCAGAUCAAGACCCCCAUAUACUGAUUAUAUUGCUACCAGAUGGUACAGGGCUCCAGAGAUCCUAUUGAAAUAAGCCAAUUACAAUAGUCCAGUUGAUAUAUUUGCUCUUGGUUGUAUCAUGGCUGAAUUAUUUUUAAAUAGACCUCUAUUUCAAGGUAAUUCUGAAUUAGAAUAAUUCAAUAAGAUCCUUUCCACUCUUGGUACUUUCACUUAAUUCGAAUGGUCUGAAGGAUGCAGACUAGUUUCUCAAAUGGGAUUGGCAUUGGCCUAAUUUCAACCUCUUCAAUUGCAACAGUUGAUACCUAAUGCAAGCACUGAGGCCUUAAACUUGUUGACUUAAAUGAUUAGAUGGGAUCCCAACAAGAGAAUCACUGCCACUCAAAUAAAGAUUGCCCCUCCUAUCAUCUUCGAAGAGCAAGGCAAAUCUAAAGAUGAAUUGAAAUUGCCAGAAAUGGGCAAAAAACCUAAGUCUUACAGUCAAAAGGAAGAACCCUAAAACCAAUUCAAAUAAAAAUAAUAUGUACAAUAACAACAGGUAGAAGAUAAUGAUAGUAAUGAUCUGGAUGACAUAUUGGAUUUUAUAACCACUGAAAACAAACCUCUGCCUUCCAAAUAAUCUAGUUAGUCUUCCAAAAACUUAGAAUAUGGAGAAUAUGUUCCCUCAAUUCCCUAAAAUAGACAACCCAGGAAUCUCUAAUCAAGUCAAAUACAAGAAUAACAAAAGAAAGACAAUAAUUCAAUCUAUGAUUUUAGCCAUUUACAAAGUUUCAAACCUGCAAAAAUGCCUAAUACAAAUUCUAAAUAUUGA